AAUCGUCUGACGGAGGCAGUAAGCACCUUUGCUGGGAUAGGAUGUGCCGUGUAAUGCAAAGACAUAAAUAUAUUAUUGCUUUUAUACUGAUCGGCGAAAUUGUUUACAAGGCUGAUGAUCUGGAGUGAAAUAGUGACAUUGUCUUACCAAAAACAUACCAAUCAUGGAUAUGAUGUUAGAAGCAUACCUCACUCAUGAUGCGUCACAUUUGGAUCCAGAUGACAUACCGCAGACAAAAGAAAGUGUGUGGAUUCUAGGAAAAGAGUACAAACCACCUCAUGACCUAAGAGUCAUAAGAAAGGAUAUACAAACAAGACUGUGGUUCACAUAUAGAAGAAGUUUCAUUCCAAUUGGAGACACUGGACUGACAACAGACAAAGGAUGGGGCUGCAUGUUGCGAUGUGGCCAGAUGGUUCUAGCUCAGGCGUUAGUUAUGUUACACUUAGGAAGAGACUGGCGCUGGUCAGUAGACACAAAAAACAGCACAUACCUAAAAAUUCUUCACAUGUUUGAAGAUCGUCGUGCAGCUCCCUUCUCCAUACAUCAGAUUGCAUUAAUGGGUGCGUCAGAAGGGAAAGAAGUCGGACAGUGGUUUGGUCCUAACACUGUUGCACAAGUUUUAAAGAAACUUGCUGUGUAUGAUGAAUGGAGCUCACUUGUUAUCCACAUUGCCCUGGACAACACUGUAGUCAUUAAUGAUAUCAGACGAUUAUGCUGCAAUAAAGAUCCAAGUGAAGAAUUCAUCAAUGUACGACCCCGCAGUGGUAAAGGUGCUGGUUCAUGCAGGUCAUCAUAUGUGUGGAAACCUCUGCUGCUUGUUAUCCCACUUAGACUGGGCUUAAGUGAAAUAAACCCAGUAUAUGUCGAAAGCCUUAAACUCUGUUUUACCUUCAGCCAGACGUUGGGUGUGAUUGGUGGGAAACCAAAUCAUGCAUUGUACUUCAUAGGCUUUGUUGGUGAUGAAGUAAUUUACCUGGAUCCUCAUACAACACAGAUGGCAGGUCUUGUAGAAGACAAGGAACAAGAACACGAAAAAGAAAUGGAUGCAUCAUAUCACUGUCAGUAUGCAAGCAGAAGCCAUAUCUUGCAUAUGGAUCCAUCUGUAGCAGCUUGCUUCUUAUGUGCCACUGAAGAAGAGUUUGAAUCACUUUGCAAACAAAUCAAAAAGAAACUUAUACAAAAUGAAAAGCAACCCUUAUUUGAACUGUGUGAUGAGAGACCAAAUCAUUGGUCCCCACUUGAUGACUCAGCAGAAGAAGCACUGGGAGCUAUGGCCUGUUAUGCAUACGAUGAUUGUGGAAGGCAGUUUGAUGACUCUGAUAAUGAAUUUGAGUUACUGGGGUAAACAGGACUGUUACCUGCACAAUUAAAUACGUUUUAUACACUUAAAAUUCUAGUGCUUAUGUACUCUCCAGACUAUUAAUGUGUCGUUGUUUUGAACCUGCAGAGUACAAGAAGCCAAGGUUAUACAUCACAGGUACCUUAAGCAGCUGACUGCAUUGUCAAUUGUUGUAUCUAAAUUAUUUUUGACAUUUUCAAACUGUUGCUUAUUUUAUGUGUUAUGAUCUGCUUGUGAGAUAUUUGUUGCCUUUUUUACAUGUAUAUAAGAUGUUUGUUAUACAGUAAUGUUGUUUUAUAUACUCUUAUGAAAUCAGUUAGAUUUCAUGAAUGUAGUGUGUAGUUUUUAUGAGGAGGAGGAGGAGAAGAAGAAGGAGUUGCUGCAGUUUUUAUAGCCUCAUUCUGUACUAAAACUGAAAGCAGUUUUUUAAACAAAUGGUUCAGUUUUUCAGAUAGCUCUCAGAAUUUGAGAGAGAAAUAAGUUGUAUUACUAAGGGAAAGAUAGUUAUUAUGGUAACAUAGCAAUCUGUUUUUAUUUCAAGCUGGAAUUUCACUGUGAAACGUAUGUAUUAGUGGUGGUUACCCUCACUAUCACCCAGUUUCACAAAUAAAUCAUCACUGAAUCAGUCAGAAAUAGUAGUAGCUGCAGAUUGCAGGUCUUUUAAAUAAUUGUGGUGUAAAUAUGAUAUAUGUUUCAAAGUUCCUCUAGUCAUUUUUGUUUUCUCUUAUUUUGCGUUCUUGAAUAGGAGCAUUAGAGUUUAAAGUUAAAAUUCUACUACACAAAUGUGAGAGAUUUUGUGUAUUUGCAAGUAUCAUUUGGAUAUGUGGCCAAAAUCAUUAAAUGUCUAUACAUUAUGACUUCCCCAAUCUUCCUCAAUAAACUUUUAUAAAAACAGAAUUUGGUGAAUAUCUUUAAGCUAAGUAAAAAGGGUUUCACUUGUAAGUAAUAUAUAUUUGGUAAAUCAAGUGGUGUUCUUGUGUUUCUCCAUUUCCAUGACAUAUCUGUAACAUUUUCCAGGUAAAUAUUUUGUAAAACUAUAUUACAAAAAAACUGAAUCAUUUAAAAUGUUGAGGAAAACAUUUGAGAUAUAGCCUAUUGUUGGAAGAAAGAUGACACUAUUUUAUUAGUAUAUAUAGUAUAUACAUAUAAUUACAUUCUUGUCUGUGCCCCCUUCCCAUUUUUGCAUAUUAUUAACUAGGAAUGUUCAAAAAGGAACAAAGAGUUCAAACACCCAGAAAUGUAAGAGAGAGAAAACAAAAGCAUAUGUAAUUAUUACAGUUUCAUGUAUUAUGAAUCUUUUACUUACAUAAGACUGUCAAAUUCCAUUCCUUUUUCCUUAUUUCACAUUUUCGUUUGAUGAAUUGCCAGUAAUCAAGAAACUUCAAUGAUGAUAACUUUAAAUCACUUCUCUUUAAAGGCAGUUUGUACAUGGAGAGACAGUCACAGGCUGUUUGCAGAUACCACUCGUAUAUCUAAUUCAGAAAAAUACUAAGAAGUGAAGCAAUAAGCUUGUGAUGGAAAGGUCUGUAAUGAAAAAAUAGAAAAUGACAAAUAUUUUUCCUACCAUUUGAGCAUAAUUUUCCAUAUUUUCAUGUGCCUUGCAGUAAUCCUUAACAAAAUGCAGACUGUUUGAUGUCUGGGUGUGUCUGCUUACGUUUUGAUUGUGAAGAUUUCCUGGUGGUUACUGGCUUGUGGAUCAUGUUAUUCCUUUAAAAAUCCGAAAUGAAUCAUAGCAUUCCUUUAUGAAAAUUUGGCUUCUUGAUAUAAUAUUCUGUAUUGUAGACAGGCAGUUCCUGUUUCAGUAUUGGCUCUGUUAAUGUUAUGUAGUAUGUGAUAUAAAACUUGUAGCUAUUAACCAAAAUACACUACUGAAGCAGCUUUGUGCAGUGUUGAAUAUAUUUUCUUGUUCUACUGUAGCUUGUUCUAAAGCAUAGUAUCUGACUGGAAAGAUGCAGCAGAGAAAGUGUGUCAUAGUGUAUACACGUAAAGUGCACAAAUUUCCACAUAAUUUAGGAGGAAAAGUGUAAAAUUUCUUAACUUGUCUCAGUAAGAGCAUUGAUGACAAUGGUUGAUUGGUUCUGUUAAAUUGCUAAAUAAUAUGAAUGUAACAUCAGCUCUAUGUAAAGAAUAAUUUUGCUUAUUUGUGGUUAUAAAGUAGUUCUGUAGUGUUUCACUGAAGUAGUUAUAUAGUGUUUCAUUGAAAUGGAUGAACUGGAAUGUCAUACAGUCAUAGAACUCUUUGAUUUGAACAGUUUAUCAGUGAUGGAAAUUAAUCCCAAGUUAGUGAAGGAGUAUAAUGAGUCUUUGUGUUUAUUCUCAACAUUUGUGAAAUAUAUAUAGCAAGAUAGAAACAUGGCCAAACUUUUCUUGGAAAUUAUACAUGUGAAAGUCAUUUCAGAAAUGCACUCCCUGAUGAAAAUGGUGAGAAAAUACACAUUAUUAUAUUAAGCAGUCAGGUAUUAAAGGUGUAUAAAAUAGUUGACACCAUUGGCUUAUGGGAAGGAAAGUUAUGGUACGUUUUACAUGAGAAAUUAAUCGUGAGAAACUUGUGUGCAGCAUGUGUUCAAUCCUGACCAAAAGCAAAUACAAAAACCAAUUUCUC